AUGCCAAAAACGAUAGCUUCAGUUUUCAUUCCAUAUCUCGCUCGAGCAUCUGCCCGUUUUUCCUCUAGUUUUCGCACCCAUCCAUUUCACUGUUGGUUCGUUGAUCAGAAGUGUGUCAAAAGAUGGGGAGCAGCCGAUUGUACUUCUUGCGAAGAGGAUCUCAGUUCUUUCGUUGUCAAUGUGGCCACUUUUCCUGACAAAUUGCCCAGCGAAAAGUCGGCGCCAGUGAUCUUUAACUACAAGACACGUCCUGACGGAUGCAUGAUCGCGUCGUCUGUGUGCAAUCCGGAUGCCUCCCCAAAACUGGCGACCCUUUUCGCAAUCGCCAAGAGUGUUCUGACAGCCGUCAGCGAUUUAAACACAGCCGUUUUCUUUGGCGGCCAAACGCAAGGGCCGGCGAGGACUACAAAAACCGAGUUCCGAUGCGAAAAGGGAGUGUGGUAUAGUGUGGUAAAGGCAAAUCCAAAAAAGAGGCUACCGGUGGGAUCAAUUAUAUGUGUUACUGAGGUUAACAGUUCGGGAAAA